GUUGUUUUCGCACUAACAAUUUUCGUGCAGUGCAUCACAUUGUAACCAAUCUCUAAACAAAUAAACAGGUGAUUCAUCAGACAAUGUUUCUAGAAUCAAAAUCUUUGGAAUACUUUGUCGUGAUCCCAGUUUCGAGGAUAAAAAUAUAAAGCUUCAUAUAUUUUUAGAAGUACUUUCAUACUGAUAACGUAGUAACCAGGUUAAAAUUUGAUCGAUUUUUUUUUAAAGUUACGUUAAUUUGACACUUUUCAACGCCAGUUGAGGUGAAAAUUAUUAACAGCAAUACAAAAAAAUUAGUCACCAAGAAAUUUUAUUGUCAAGAAAAGAAAAACAGAUUCACAAUGAAUUCAACGGAGAAUGAUAACAGAAAUACACAGAAGUUCCAAAAAAGCCUGGAUGAAACAUUAGAAGAAAAAGAAAGAUUAAAAAAUAUUUUGUCAUCAACAAAAACUGAAUGCGACUUAUUAAAAAGUCGAAUUGAAUCAGCAACUGAAGAAUUAAGAAAAACUAAUGAAGAAAUUCAAGACAUACAGAUUAAGAAAAAAUUGUUAAUAAAAAAACAAGUUAUCAGACGACAAAGAGAACAAAAAGCGCAAAAAGAUUUAUUUUCACUAAUUUCAAAUAAACAGAAGAUUGAAAAUUUGAUAAAAGUCGAACGUGAAAAUUCUUUAAAUGAAAGAAUUUAUCAACUACAGGAAUGUAUUAAAUAUUCAGACGAUCAUUGGAUUUUUCGAUAUUUUAAUGAUAGAAAUUUUGAAGCCGAACCACAAAAAGAAGAGAUUGAAGGAAAUGAAAUCGUUCUUACUGAAAAUAAACAAAUUUAAUACUUUACUGUUUGUUAAUGUUAUAACUGUUGGUUUUUAUUAGUAAAUAAAUCGAAGUUGAAU